UUCGCCUGGUUCAUCUUGGAUUCUGCGCUGUCGAAACUUCCUUGAACUUUGACCCAUAAGUAACCUUCAUUAGUGUACAUGUGAGAAAAAAACAGAGGUGGCCCACUGUCCGAGGGACCUGCUUAAUAUUUCCAAAUGGCUAAAUAUCUUGCACAGAUCAUUGUGAUGGGAGCGCAGGUGGUGGGACGUGCCUUUGCUCGAGCUUUGCAGCAAGAAUUUGCAGCCAGUCAAGCAGCAGCGCAGGCCAGAAACCGUGCAGGUCAGCAGUCUGCUGCAACCUCGAGCAUCACUGGAAUGAGCCUGCAAGAGGCGCAGCAAAUCCUCAACGUGUCCACUCUCACCCCCGAGGAGAUUCAGAAGAACUACGAGCACCUUUUUAAAGUGAAUGACAAGGAAGUGGGCGGUUCGUUUUAUAUACAAUCAAAAGUGGUGCGGGCUAAAGAGCGUCUAGACGAGGAAGUAGAAAUUCAGACGCAACAACCAAAACAGCAAUCACAGCAGAACACGGAAACAUGAAGUAGGCCUAUGAAAUGAUGCCCUGUCCUCCCCCUCCCCCUCCCCCUCCUCUGUAAAUUAUAACCCAAUAAAACACUUCUCCUUUUCUCUA